AUGAAUGAAUUGCAGUCUGCGCAGAACUCGGCCGGUAUCCAGACCCUCCUCGACGCCGAGAGGGAGGCGUCCAAGAUUGUCCAGAGGGCUCGAGAAUUCCGCACCAAGCGCGUCAAGGAGGCCCGCGACGAGGCCAAGCGGGAAAUCGCCGAGUACAAGGCUCGCAAGGAAGAAGAGUUUAAGAAAUUCGAAGCCGAGCACAGCAAGGGCAACGAGGCCGCCGAGCAAGAGGCCAACAAGGAGGCCGAGAAGCAGAUUGAGGUGAUUAAGCAGGCGGGCCAGAAGAACCAGGCUACGGUGGUGAAGCACCUGCUGGAUGCCGUGUUUGAGGUGAAGCCUCUGCCUGCGUGA